AUGACGACCCGCUGGCGGCGCGCUGGCCCGGUGGACGCGCCGCACGCCGCGCAACGCGCUCCAUGGGCCGCCACAUACCCCGCGCGCCCCGCCCUCACCGCGCACGCGCGCAACUCUCUGCCGCGCAGACCCGUCGAGCCCCGUGAGUUGUCCAGAGUGCCCCCAGCAUCGCGGGAAAUGGCGCAGCGCGUCUCGCUCCCGCCCGGGAUCCGCAGCCCGUGCAACUGCCGGCCCGCCCCGCGCGGCGCCACGCGGUGCCGCGCGGGCCCGCGGGGCGGCCGCGAGCCCUCGGGCGCUCCCCGCGCCCGCAGAAUGCACACCGGGCGCAAUGCGUCCUCGGACCGGCCGCACCCGAGCCCCCCGCCUCACGCUGCCACCGUCGAGCCGUGCUUCGACGUCGAGGAACGCCGGAAGGCGCUACGAGAGGCCAUGCACGAGCAGCACAUGGGACGCGAGGAGGACGGCUCGGCCUUCCUGAGCGAGCAGGACUCCAAGCCGGCGCCGGCGGGCGCGCGCCCCGCUGGGCCGCGCGUGCGGCGCUCGCAGGUCACGCCGCCGGCUCGGACCGCCCCAGUUCGUCGCACGGCCUCCGGACGCGGGCAGCCCACGGUCGGGCCGCGCGCGAUCCACGCGCUCGACGACAUGUUCGGGAUGGCGGGGAGCCGCGUGCUGGUCGUGGGCGGCGCGCGCGGCACGGGCGCGGCCGUCGCGCGGCAGCUGGCGGAGAUCGGCGCGCGCGUCGUGGUCACGGGCGCCUCGCGCGACGCUGUCGACGCGGUGCGGGGGGACUUUGAGAAACACGCCCUGCGGCUCGAGGACGCGGUCUGCGCGGACACCGCGACGCCCGAGGGGCGCGAGGCGGUCGCGCGCGCGCUGGACGAGGCGUUCCUGGGGGCGCUCGACGUGGUGGUGCUCACGCCGGCGCACCACCAGCGGCGGCGGCAGCUGCACGACGUGGACCUGGAGCUGCAGCGGCGGGUGUACGCGUCGGGUCAGGAGAGCCAGGUGGAGCUGCUGAAGAUGCUGCACCCGGCGCUGGUCGAGGGCGCGUCGUUCGGGCCGCGCGGGGAGGCGUCGGUGGUGUUUUUGACCGCCGUGGGCGCGGAGCUCGCCGAGCAGCCCGCGGGGCCGGCGUUCUCGAUGAGCGCGGCGUCCUCGCACGCGCUCGUGCGGUGGCUCGCGUGCAGCUGGGGCCCGCAGGGCAUCCGCGUGAACGCGGUCGCGCCGCACCUGUCGCGGUCGCCGGCGAGCAAGUUCAUGGACACGCACUCGCAGUUCAUGUCGCACGUGCGCGCGCGGACGCCGCUGCAGCGCCCCGCGGAGCUGCGGGAGGUCGCGAGCGUCGCGGCGUUCCUCGCGGGGCCCGCGUCGUCGUACAUGACGGGGCAGGUGCUCCCGGUGUGCGGCGGCCACACGGUGCAGGGGACGUGGCAGCACCCGGGGGUCGUGCCGGAGGGCCCCGCGGAGGAGUGGUGGGGGAACUGGUGGCACUUUGACUGA